AUGUUUGUUCACUCGUAUCCAAUCACUCCAAUCAAUUCCAAUAUUUAUGACAUGGGUGUGGCAGUGGAUAAAGGAAAUGCCAGAGGUGUUGUGGUCACUCUCUGUGAUCAACCUCCUCUCUCUCAAUUUGAAUGCAUUUUGUCUCCAAUGAUGGAUUUUUGGGGAAUGUUCGCCAUGUUGGUCGUUCAUGCAGAGACUGGAAAUACCACACGUGUUGAUUUUCCAUUUACAACAAGUCAAUCUGAGGCUGUCUAUGCAUCGCUACUAUCCAACGAUGGUCGAUAUUAUUAUUGUCAUUAUGGAGGUCGUUUUGUGCAAUUUGAUGCUCAAAAUUUGAGAUUUUCAUUUGUUGGAACGACUCUUCCAGGAAUGUCCAUGAAAAUGACUUUGGAUGAUUUUGGAAACGUUUGGUCUGCUACCUAUCCAAAAAGUGGACUUGUUUCAUUCAAUCCCAAUACUCGAGUGUUAACCGAUUAUGGUUAUGUGUACAAUCAAACAUGGCUAAUGUAUCAAAGAUAUAUUGCUGCUGAUGAUCAAGGAUUCAUCUAUUUUAGUGUUGGUUAUACAUUGGGUCAAAUUAUUGCUUUCAAUCCAAACACGAGUAGUGCAGUUCCAGUGUUUUCAGAAUCGGAACGAGGGCCUCAACUCAUGCCAACCUUGUAUCGAGAUGUGGAUGGUGCAGUCUAUGCUUCCAAUGUCAAUGCAACUCCCAUCUAUCGAUUUUAUAGAGGUAAUUACACUACCCUUAAUUCUCAUGCAAAGGUUCCAGUUCCUUACAUUAGUGGUCAUCAGGGAUUGUUCUAUGGAUAUUUUCCAUCCAAGAGACAAUUGUUGACUUUUGAUGUGGAAAACAAAAUUUUCACAAUUCGAGAAAAGAACUCAACAAUGACCACAAAAUCCUUCUACUAUACAUGUCGAGGUGCCAAUCUUAUGGACCUUCGUGCUACUCCUGACUUUAGCACACUCAUUGGAGGUUCAAGUUUUCCAAUGAACUUUUUCACCAUGAAUUCAACAGACGGAGUUUUCCAACAUUCGAAUAUGUUAGAACAACCCAAUGUCAUCCAAGCAUUUACGUAUGAUCCCUAUGUUUGGAUUGGAACAUACCCAGUCGGACGUUUACUUCAAUAUGAUCUCAAAAAGCCAUGGAUUGAUCCCAUUCCAGGAAAUGCAAGUUCACUCAAUCCUCGAAUUCUAGCAAGUGCUGCUCCUCAUAUCAUUCGUCCUACAUCUGUUCUCGCUCAUCCGAACAAGGAAUUAGUAUUUAUGGGUGGUACUCCAGAUUAUGGUGGCACAGGUGGAGGUCUCUUAAUUUGGAAUCGAAUCACUGAAAAGGCAACUGUGUUAACACAUACCCAAUUGUUGCAAUAUCAUUCCAUUAAUUCCAUGGUUCCCAUUCCUGGCUCCAAUGAUUUGAUUUUAUGUGGAUCGACCAUUGUUACGGGAACUGGCGGUGUUGCUAUUGCACCUGUUGCUGAAUUGUUUGUCUUCAAUAUUACUUCGAGAAGUGUCACUUGGCGAUCAGCACCACUCACGGGUGUGAGAAAUUAUUAUGAAUUGUAUGGUGUGGCCUCGACAGGUUUCAUCUAUGGCUAUACAGAUACGAGAGUUUUCUUUGUGUUCAAUCCAGCCAAUCGUUCAUUGAUUCAUGUGAGUCCAAUAUCUGGUGUCUAUGUCGAACAAGGUCCUCAUUCUUUUGCUCCUCAUCCAAAUGGAAAGGAUGUUUAUGUGACAUUGGGAAAUGGAAUUUUCCAAAUUCAUCCUCAAAAUUUCACACUCACACGAGUCAUGUCUCUUCCUUCUGCAAAAACUUAUCCAUUCAAUGGAGUGAUUUUGAAGAAUGGAUGGUAUUAUUAUCGAUCCGAUACGAGAAUUCAUGGAUUUAAAUUGUUUAACGUGACAAAAGAACCUCCUGUUCUGAACUCGCCUCUGAGUCCAUCCAUUUCACGACAAGUGUCAGCCCGACCUUCAUUGAGACAUACGUCAGGAGUUGCUUCCAGUGCAUACAGUAACUACUUGAGAGGAUAUUUACUUGUUGGAUGGAAGAGUAUGAUCUGGUUGGUAGCGAGUACGGUCGUGUGGUGUGUUGUGCAACACGUCAUGUAA